AUGAAACAACAAUUUGCUGAUUUUGUUAAGUCAUUUAAUAUACAUUCUGAUGAAUUUGACAAAGCAUUAGCACAAUGUGAUCCCAAAAAAGAUCUCAAUCAAUGGAAAGAAAAUAUUCUUCAGAAAAAUCCUGAACAAUCAUGCAAAUCUUCAGAUGAAGAGGAAGAUUAUGAUGAUCAGAAAACCAAUUGGUAUCCAAAAUCUGUUCAAUCUCGAUCCAUUGAAAAUGAAGAUAGUGAUGAGGAAACCUAUAAACGCCAAAAAUCUGUCAAAUCUCGAUCCAUUAAAAAUGAAGAUGAUGAUGAAGAAACCUAUCAACGUCAAAAAUCUGUCAAAUCUCGAUCACGUGCAAAUGUAAAUAUUGAUAAAAAAAAUUGUCAGCCUUUUAAAUAUGUCAAAUCUCAAUCAAUUGACAAUGAAAAUAGUGAUAACAAAAAAACUAUACGUCAGACAUCACGUCGAUCUUCAUCAGUUAUAGAUAAAAAUCGUGAUAAAAAGAUAAAGUCACCUCAGGAAUUAUCCAAAUUUCAGCCAGUUGAUACUGAUGAUGACAACUAA